AUGUUGCUGCCCCUCCUGGGCGCCUGUGCCGUGGUGGGGCCGUUCCAGGGCCCUGAGUGGGAGCCAGUGCGGGGCCUGCUCUCUGAGGAUUGCAGCUGCAGGGACCCUCGGUGCUGUGGCAACCUGCUCAUCCUCUGCCUCUUCCUGAUCUGGCAGGUCUGGCACUACUGGCACCAGGUCAGCAGGACCCACCCCAGCAUGAGGAAGGUCAUCAAGGUGCCACCGCAGAAGUGGGCAGUGCCCUCCAUGAGACAUAGCACUUGCUUUGGGCUCACCCCUGAAUUCUUCUUCAGUCCUGGCAAGUUCAGGGGCCUGGAUGCUCAUGCCCAACAAUGGCCCCAGAAUAAGAGAGGGGAAAAGCAGAGGAGCCUCCAGGAUUCAUGGACUCAAUAUCUGCUUUCUUAUCAGCACCCAUGUCAAGGUUUACCUUGGGCUGCCUACACCCCUUCUGAAAACAUCUUUUGUACCACCUCCUUUUCAAGCACCUGUAUGUUACCUCAGGACAGUUCUUGGGAAGCAUGGCAGGGACACUGGCGUCGUAGUGAUGACCAGACUCACUUGACUUGCAAGCCACUGCCCCCUGCCCUGGACAUGUGCCAAAGGAUGAAGCAGCUGUUGGUCCACUCCCAGGAAGAACUGGUACCACUGGAGCAUAUUGUCGGCAUGAGAUGCUGCCCCACCUCCAUGACCUCUCGCCCAAACCUCCCUUCAGCCCAGAGGUUGCAGUUCUGUUCCAGAGAGUUCCUAGCUGUUCCUUCCAACCAACAAGGAGGGAAAACCAGACACUAG